AUGGUAGCACUUAAAGAUAGCUUUUUUGUGGUCGCUGUGUUUGUUCAAUACGUCGAUGACGAGCUAAUUCAAGGUGAUUGUAGAUGGAUGAUCAAUAAAGGGGUGAGUGACUCAUUCAUGGUUGGUGGUGUAUUUAAUGGUCGGAGACUGCUUCCAAGUAGUCGAUGGAGAAAAUAUAACCUUUCUAUCUCAUUCGAGGAUAUUCCGUGUUUUAAAGUCUUCUCUCGCGCUUAUGCUCAUGCCUUGGCAAGUUGGGCUGUUCGAGAUUUGGAGCUAUGCACAACUCGAAUGGAGUUAUAG